AUGGGUUCUGUGAGCGCUAACUGCUUGGGCAGGGACUUCCAGCCUGCGGUCGCAGCCGCUGCCUACUUCGGGUUCGGGGAGCUGGAGGAGGCCCUCAUCCAUGGCGGAGGCGGCGCUGUCAACGCCGGCGGCGUCGAUCCCGGCGUGAUCAUCAAGAACGACGUCGCGCAGGCAAAGUGUAAGCUUUUUUUUCUUCGUCUUCGUUCUGUCUCCGGAGUCCAGACCUGGGCUCUACUUGCCAAAAAGGCGCGUUCGUUUCUUGCUCGGCUGCGCACGGGCACAGCGACGCACAGGGCGAGACAUGCCUCGCCUUUUGUGUUCCUGCCGGUUUCCAUUCCUAUGCAAACAGGGAAUUCGCAGUCAGUAGGGAGCACCACUGACUCGAGCUCAGCUCAGAAGACUACAAUAAUGUCUCAGAUGGAGCUGGUGUCCCCAGCCUCCUCUACGCCGCGGCAGGAGGUCAUGAUGGUGACCACUGAUGAUUACAGCUACAAGCCAGGCCUCGCCGCUGCGCCCGCUGCUGCCGCCCCGCCGAGCUUUCAGCAGCACCACCCGCUCCCGCUGCAGCUGCACGGAGACGGAGGGGGAGACCAUGACAAGAGGAAGCAUGGAUCCACAAGAAAAGAUGGCAGGUUGGUAGAUGCCAAGACGGAACGGCGGCUGGCGCAGAACAGAGAGGCUGCGAGGAAGAGCAGGCUGAGGAAGAAGGCUUACGUGCAGCAGCUCGAGACUAGCAGGAUCAGGCUUCAGCAGGUCGAGCAUGAGCUCCAGAGAGCACGGUCACAGGGCCUUUUCGUUGGAGGGUGCAGCGCCGCCGGGGACAUGAGCUCUGGCGCCGCCAUGUUCGACAUGGAGUACGCGCGGUGGCUGGACGACGACAGCAAGCGGCUGGCGGAGCUCCGAGCAGGGCUGCAGGCGCAGCUGCUGGACGGCAACCUGGGACUCAUCGUGGAGGAGUGCAUGCAGCACUACGACGAGCUGUUCCAGCUCAAGGCGGCGCUCGCGCGCUCCGAUGUCUUCCACCUCCUCACCGGCGCCUGGGCCACCCCUGCCGAGCUCUGCUUCUUCUGGAUGGGCGGCUUCCGCCCGUCUGAGCUGCUCAAGAUCCUGAUACCGCAGCUGGACCCGCUGACGGAGCAGCAGCUGCUCGGGAUCUGCAACCUGCAGCAAUCGUCGGAGCAGGCGGAGGAGGCGCUCGCCCAGGGCCUGCAUCAGCUGCACGGGUCCCUGGCCGACACAGUCGCCGCCGGCACGCUCAACGACGGCGCCGCCGCCCCCAACUACAUGAACAUCAUGGCCGUCGCACUUGACAAGCUUGCCAGCCUCGAAAACUUCUAUCAACAGGCCGACAAUCUAAGGCAGCAGACGUUGCAUCAGAUGCGCCGGAUCCUGACCACUCGGCAGGCUGCGCGGUGCUUCCUCUCCAUCGGGGAGUACUACAGCCGCCUCAGAGCUCUCAGCAACCUCUGGGCUUCCCGUCCCCUCGACAACUUCAUCGUGACAGAGAGCCUCAGCCCCACAGCAACGGAACUGCAAGCCCUGCACCACCAGCAGCAGAACCAGUUCACCGGAUUUUGA